AAAAUAGACGGUUGCUAUUAAUUGAUUGGUUACAUAUACUUCAGUACCGUAUCUUUACAACUAUCUAGAUUAUAAGUGAUUAUUUUUUGUUUCUGAGUUUCAAUUCUAUUUUGUUUGUUUAAAUAUUCAAUUCUAAAAGAUGUCUGAAGUACUUGAGACCAAGCCUAAGGAGUCCAAGUUAAAGAAAUUGACCAGUGGGUCCACAUGGGUUUCUCCAUUUAGAACUGCUGGUGGUGACAAAAAGAACCUUCGUCAACAAUUGAAGGAAGAAAACUCUAUUGAUGGUAUACAAGUUCCCAAGAAGUUUUCUAGUCAUCCAACUCUUGACGCUGCAAAGAAGGAAAAGGCUAGAGAUGCUAAGAAGGCCAAGGAAGCUAAGGAAGCUGAAGAUGCCAAAAUUUCUAAAGAAUCUGCCGAAGAAACCGAAGUUGAAGAAUCAAAGGAAGAAUCUAAAGAAGUUGAUGAAGAAACUAAGACUUCCUCUGCAACUAAAGAAGGUAAAGAAUCAGUGUCCAAUAGUUCAGUUAAAUCUUUGAAUGAUGAACCAAUUGAUACACCAAGAGGAGAAGUUGCCAGCACUGAAGAAAAAGAAAAAGAAGAAGAAGAAGAAGUGGAAGAGCCUAAGAAGGAGAUUGUUUCUAAUGGUAAGUCUACUGAAACAAAGUCAAUUGAUGAAAAGGCUAUUGUUUCCGAGGAAACUGCUGCAGUUGAAGAUCCAGUUGAUAUUACUGAACAAGUUAAAGAAGAACAUAUUGAAAUUGUUACUCAACCAGAAGCUAAAUAUGAACCAAUUACUCCUCCUGAUAACAAGACUCUUGAAGCACUUAAGGAUAAGCCAGUGUUACUUUCUCGUUACAAUGAUCUUAACAAUGCUGCCAUUGGAUCUGUAUCCCGUACUUUAGAUGAUCCAAAUAAGGUGGUUGACUUGGGUAGUGGUUUGAAAAUGACUCAACAACAACUUUUAGAUAUUGCUGCCUUGAGGGUUGCUCCAGUCUUGGCCAAUAUUAAUGAUGAAGUUAGUAAAACAAGAUCUGAAGAUGAAAUUAAACGUCAACAAGAAUUAUCAACUAAAGUUGCUGGUCAUGAAAAGAAAUUACAAGGAGAAUUUGAAAAAUAUGUCAAGAAAUUAGGUAAGCAAAAGGAAAAGUUUAGUAAGGAAAUUGAUACUAAACUUGGAGAUUUGGCUACAUUAAUUUCUAGAUCUGAUAAGGCAGCUAUUGAUUUUGAAACUCAAACCAAGAAGGAAAUUGAAACUGCUAAUGAAGAAUUCAAAACAAGAGAAACUCAAGCAGUUGAAAAGCACUCCAAUGAUAAAGAAACUUUAAUCAAGAAUCAUGAUGAAUUAGAAGCUACCAAGAAUCAAGAAUUAGAAGAUUCUAAGACCAAUCAAGAAAAGACAACCACUGAAAUUGAAUCUCUUCAAGAAAAGAAAACUACAUUAGAUGAUGAAAAUUCUGAACUUUCAUCCAAGAUUGAAGCAUUAACCACUGAACUUAAUGCCAAGAUUGAAGAAUUGGAAGAAUUAAAGAAGAAUCAUUCUGAAAAGGAAGGUCUUAUACUGAAGAAUCUUUCUACCAAGGAAGAAUUGGACAGUAAAUUAGCAACUACCAAGAAGGAUAUUGAAGAAAAGGAAUCUAAACAUUCUGGUUUAACUGCUGAAGUUGGUGUUUUAGCUGGUGUCAUUUCUGCUUAUUCUACUAAAUUGGGACUUUUACAUUCUGAUAAGGAAAAGAUUCCAAGUAGAUUAGAUCAAGCAAAGGAACAUUAUUCUAGUUGGGAAUCUGAAAAGCAAGCAGCUGCUAAGGAAAUUUCUCUUGAACAUGAACGUCAAAGAGUUCAAGCUUUAGAAGAAGAAGAAACUAGAAGACAAAAGGCUCAAGAAGAAGCUGAAACUGCUAGAAUUGAAGAAGAGGCAAAGAGAGCUAAGGCACAAGAAGAAGAAGAAACUAGAAGAAUUGAACAAGAAAUUGAAGAGAAAAGAUUGAAGGAAGAAGCUGAGAAAAAGGCUGAAGAGGAAAGAAUUGCCGCUGAAAAGAAGGCUGAAGAAGAUAAGAUUGCUGCUGAGAAGAAGGCUGAAGAAGACAAAAUUGCUGCUGAAAAGAAGGCUGAAGAAGAUAAGCUUGCUGCUGAAAAGAAGGCUGAAGAAGAUAAGAUUGCUGCUGAGAAGAAGGAAAAGGAAGAAAAGGAAUUAGCUGAAAAGAAAGCUGAAGAAGAACGUCUUGAAGCUGCUAGAAUUGCCGCACUUCCAGAAACUCAAAGAGCUUUACGUGCUCAACAACGUGAAGAUGAAAAGCAAAAAUUGAUUGCUGAAAGAGAAGAAAAGGAUCGUAUCUAUGCUGAACGUAAGAAGAAUGAAGAAGAUGAAGCUUUGAAGUUGCAAGAAGAAAUUGAAGCAUUGAAUCAACAAAAGUCUGUAAAGGCUGAAGCUGCCAGACUCGAAGCUGAACGUUUAGCACAAGCCAAGCUUGAUGAAAUUGAAAGAUUAAAGGCUGAACACGAUGAAAGAUUGAGAUUAUAUCAAGAAAAAUUGGAUUUUGAAGAGUUACAAAAGACUAGAUUAUUGGAAGAAGUUGAAAACUUGAAAAAGAUUCGUGAAUUAAGAGAAGAAAAAUCUAGAUUGGCUGUUGAAGUUAACCGUGAUGUUCGUAUCGAAGACAUUCAAAAGUUGAUUGAGGAAAGAGAAUUGGAAGUUGCUAGAUUAUCUCAACAAAUUGAAUUAGAUGACAGUGAACUUUUCAAGUCUAAGCCAAAGCGUAAGGAAGCAGUUACACCUGCUGUCGUGCCUGCUCCUGUUGAACAAAAGGAAACUAGUGAAGCUCCAUCUUCCACUCCAAUUGUUGCUUCUACCUCUCCAGUUCUUGAUCUUGAAAAGAAGGAAAAGCAAUCUAAGUCCAAGAAUAUUGGUACUGCAUCUGCCGUAGUCGCUGCUGGUGCUCUUGCUGGUACUGUCGCUUCUGCAAAGACUAUUGAUGCCACUGUUGCAACUCCUACUGCUCGUUCCCCAACUGUUUCCUCUCCCUCUGAAACCAAGAGAAGUGGAAGUCUCACCAAAUCUGUCAAGAAAUUCGCCAAGAAAUUCAGCAGCAAGAAGGAUGAAGACGAUGAUGUCUCAGCUUCUUCUGCCUUUGCAUCCCCAAAAAAGGCUAAGCCAACCACUUCCACCAAGGCUACUGCUCCAAAGGAAGGAACAUCAACUUCUAAGGAUAUCCCUGCAUUCGGUGAAAAUUUAGAUAUUAAAAAGCAACCUGCUGGAAUUGAAAAAUUAAAGACGGUUGCAACCAACAAGACUGGUUCUUAUGAAAGUCUUGUUGUGUACGAAGAAGUGUCAGACAAGGAGUAUGAAAAGAACAAGGGUAACCCAGACUACUUGGAGAUUACUGAAGAGGAAUACGAAAAGUCUCAAAUUGCCUUGGCUAAGGCUAAAGCAAACGAAGCUUAAGUAACAGUUCAUCAAGAAAAGAAAGAUGUGUUGUUUUCCCCCGUUCAUUUUAGUUUAUUAUUGUUUUUAAUAUUUGGUAAUUUGUAAUAUUGAUGUUUGUUUAUUGUUUUAAUAAUAUAUUCGAUUUUUUUUAUGUCUAA